ACUUCAUUGAUGUUUUCAUAAGUUGACGUUUGAGGUUAUGGACACGUCACUUUGUACUAUUGUUGAAUUAAUCGUUUUUUUAUCAAUUCCGUCGCUUGAUUCGUAAUGAGACGAUUACCGUUUGCUUUUUUGUGAAAAAUGCUCCGUUCACUAGUGUUCGUGGCCCCCUUGCUUGUCUGGGGGCACGACAUCAAGGGUUUCGAUGACACAGUUUUGUUCGAUAUUCACUGGCCCGGUGAAAACACCGACUUUGCCAAUGCGGAGAACAUGAUCGUGACCACUUCUCAGCAGGAGAAAUACCGCUGCAUUUUGCCCAACAUCCAGGAGAAGGAAACCUCAAGUGAGGAGAAAUACGAGGGGCCAACGGCGUUGGAAGUCAUCUCGCCCUUGUUCACCCAGAGCUCGUGCACCUACCGGCUGGAGUCCUACUGGACUUACGAGGUGUGCCAUGGGCGGUUCAUCCGCCAGUACCAUGAAGACCGCGAAGGCAAGAAGGUGAAACUCCAGGAGUACACGCUAGGCCGCUGGGACGAAAAGUUGUACGAGAAAAUGCUCUCCCAGGCCAAGGAGGCCGAAAAAGACAAAAGUAUCCAAGUCCCGGUGAAAAAAAUCGACAAUGUUAAUUUACCCUACGUUGAGAUUUUGAUGGGAAAUGGGACCCAGUGCGACCUCAACCAGAACAAACCCCGGGAAACGCGCGUUUUGUACGUGUGCUACAUCCACGGCAAACACGAAGUCUACUCCUUGAAGGAAACUUCAACGUGUCAGUACGAAAUUAUAAUUUUGUCGCCCCUUCUGUGCUCGCACCCGAAGUACAAGCCGAAGGAGACCGGCGAGAACAAAAUCAACUGCGUCCCGCUCGACAACAGCCCGCCCCAGCCCUACAAUUUGGCCAAAAUGAAGAUCGAAAGCACGAAAUUGCGCCGAAAGUCCGACCUCGAUCGCAUCAAAAUCGAGUUCGUGCCGCCACCGGACUUCACCGAUAAGGAGGAAGUCAGCAAAAUGCCCGAAACUAAACCACACGAUGCCUCUCCGGUGCAGAGUUUCCUAGCCGGGAAGAACUGUCUCACGGGGGGCACCGGCUGGUGGCGGUACGAGUUUUGCUACGGGAAGUCAGUGGAGCAGUACCACAUUGAAAAGGACGGGUCGAAAGUCACGAUCAAGUUGGGGACGUUCAAUAAACAGAAGCAUAUAGAGUGGAUGGAGCAGCACCCGCAUAAGAGACCCAAACCGCUGGCUCAGAGGACGCAAUUGUCGCACUUUUACUCCGAGGGCACGGUUUGCGACAAGACGGGGAAAGCGCGCCAGACUGAGGUGAAGCUGAAGUGUCUGGAGGAUUCAACAAGUCUGAAUACCGUGUCGUUGUAUUUGCUUGAACCGCGAUAUUGCGAGUACAUUCUGGGGGUGGAGUCGCCCCUUGUGUGUGAUAUUUUGGCAAGGGCGGAUGAGAACGGACUCAUUGAUGUUGGGGACGAGGAGGGGGAUGAACUACCCACUGUGAAUAUAAGGUUGUAGUUGCAAUAAAUUUCUUAAAUACUUAA